CAGUAUGUCGGGCGCCUGGCUGGGGCUAGGCUGAAGGAGAAAAAUCCUCCACCCGCAGCCCCCACCUGAGUGCUUUCCACUCGUCCUCUUCAGCUCAAGAUGGUGGCCUCCCGGGCGAUAGGCAGCCUCCGCCGCUUCACUGCCUCCAGGACGCUCCGCUGCCCAGGUUAUACCUGCCGCAAUUUUUCAGCAUCCUCUGCUUUGCUAACCAGAACCCAUAUUAACUAUGGAGUCAAAGGGGAUGUGGCUGUUGUUCGAAUUAACUCACCCAAUUCAAAGGUAAAUACACUGAGCAGAGAACUGCAAUCAGAGUUCAUAGAAGUAAUGAAUGAAAUCUGGGCUAAUGAUCAAAUCAGAAGUGCCGUUCUUAUCUCAUCAAAGCCAGGCUGCUUUAUUGCAGGUGCUGACAUCAACAUGUUAGCCUCUUGUAAGAGCGCGGAAGAGGUAAUGCAGCUAUCGCAGGAAGGCCAGAGAAUGUUUGAGAAACUUGAGAAGUCCACAAAGCCUAUUGUGGCUGCCAUCAGUGGAUCCUGCUUAGGAGGAGGACUUGAGCUUGCCAUUUCCUGCCAAUACAGAAUAGCCACAAAAGAUAGGAAAACAGUAUUAGGUAGCCCUGAAGUCUUGCUGGGGAUCUUACCAGGAGCAGGAGGCACACAAAGGCUGCCCAAAAUGGUGGGUGUGCCUGCUGCUUUUGACAUGAUGUUGACUGGUAGAAACAUUCGUGCAGACAGAGCAAAGAAAAUGGGACUAGUUGACCAAUUGGUGGAACCCCUGGGACCAGGACUAAAACCUUCAGAGGAACGGACAAUUGAAUAUCUAGAAGAAGUUGCAGUUACUUUUGCCAAAGAACUAUCUGAUAAGAAAAUCUCUCUAAAGAGAGACAAAGGAUUAGUAGAAAAAUUGACAUCAUAUGCCAUGAGCAUUCCAUUUGUCAGGCAACAGAUUUAUAAAAAGGUGGAAGAAAAAGUACGAAAACAGACCAAAGGCCUUUAUCCUGCACCUCUGAAAAUAAUCGAUGCAGUAAAGACUGGAAUUGAGCAAGGGAAUGAUGCUGGCUAUGUCUCUGAAUCUCAGAAAUUUGGAGAGCUUGCAAUGACCAAAGAAUCAAAGGCCUUGAUGGGACUUUAUCAUGGUCAGGUCCUGUGUAAGAAGAAUAAAUUUGGAACUCCGCAGAAGGACGUGAAGCACCUAGCCAUUCUUGGUGCAGGGCUGAUGGGGGCCGGCAUCGCCCAGGUGUCUGUGGAUAAGGGCAUAAAGACCAUCCUUAAAGAUGCUACACUAGCCGGGCUGGACCGAGGACAGCAACAAGUGUUCAAAGGAUUGAAUGAUAAAGUGAAGAAGAAAGCUCUAACGUCAUUUGAAAGGGACUCCAUUUUCAGCAACUUGACUGGACAGCUCGAUUACCAGGGUUUUGAAAAGGCCGACAUGGUGAUUGAAGCUGUUUUUGAGGAUCUUAAUGUUAAACACAGAGUGUUAAAGGAAGUAGAAGCGGUGGUUCCGGAUCACUGUGUCUUUGCCAGUAACACGUCUGCUCUCCCCAUCCGUCAAAUUGCCUCUGUCAGCAAAAGACCUGAGAAGGUGGUCGGCAUGCACUACUUCUCUCCGGUGGACAAGAUGCAACUGCUGGAGAUCAUCACAACCGAGAAAACUUCUAAGGACACAACUGCUUCCGUCGUGGCAGUCGGGCUCAAGCAGGGGAAGGUCAUCGUUGUGGUUAAGGACGGACCUGGCUUCUAUACCACCCGGUGUCUCGCACCCAUGAUGUCUGAAGUCCUCCGAAUCCUCCAGGAAGGAGUUGACCCUAAGAAGCUGGAUUCCCUUACCACAAGCUUUGGCUUUCCCGUGGGUGCUGCCACACUGGUCGAUGAAGUUGGCGUGGACGUGGCAAAACACGUGGCAGAAGAUCUAGGCAAAGCCUUUGGGGAGCGGUUUGAAGGCGGAAGCGUAGAACUGCUGAAGCAGAUGGUGUCCAGGGGCUUCCUGGGUCGCAAGUCUGGGAAGGGCUUUUACAUCUACCAGGAGGGCGUGAAGAAUAAGAGUUUGAAUUCUGAGAUGGAUGGUAUUUUGGCAAGUCUGAAGGUGCCUCCUAAGUCUGACGUCUGCUCUGACGAAGACCUCCAGUACCGCCUGGUGACAAGAUUUGUGAAUGAGGCCAUCAUGUGCCUGCAGGAAGGGAUCCUGGCCACGCCCGCAGAGGGAGACAUCGGAGCCGUCUUCGGGCUUGGCUUUCCCCCGUGCCUUGGAGGGCCCUUCCGCUAUGUGGAUCUGUAUGGCGCCCAGAAGAUAGUGGACAGGCUCAGGAAGUACGAGGCUGCCUACGGAAAACCGUUCACCCCGUGCCAGCUGCUCAUCGACCACGCUAACAGCCCCAACAAGAAGUUCUACCAGUGACGGGCCCUCACACCCUGCUCCCCGGCUAACACAGCUGCCGGCAGUGCUGGCUCUCCAGGAGAGUGGCAUCUAGAUUUAUCAGGGUAACCAGAAGGAAAACAAAUUCUGGCAUUGGGGUGUGCUGGGAUUCAAGUGCCUUCAGCAGGACUGUCUCUCCCUCCUGGUGAAAUGUGGCUGUGAAUUAGUUUGCACUUCAUGUUAGAAGGUGGAACCCACCGUGCUCGUGAACCCAUAAGCCUUGACGCUCAAAAUGGCAGAGUCUCCGGAACCAUCCUGCCCCCGCCCCCGGGCCAGUGGCGGGGAGGGCAGUUGUGCACCCUACCCAGUACACGAGAACAAUAAAACCCAACUCUUCUCA